AUGGAGCGCGGUGCCAUCCAGAACCCGGCCCUGGAGCCGCCCGGCUCCGACUUCGGGCGGCCGAGCCGGGCGGGCGGCGCGGCCCCCGCCGGGCCCGGCCCUUGCCCCGAGGAGGGACCCUGCGGGUGGGGCCGCUGCACCCCCCGAGUCCUGCAGCCCUGCAACAAUGCCCAGGGGUACUUGGCUGCCUACAGCCUGUUGGCCGUCUUCCAAGGUAUUGUGGUAAAUGGCCUGAUUAACAUUAGUAUUUCAACAAUUGAGAAGCGUUACGAGUUGAACAGUUCCCUCACUGGCUUAAUCUCUGCAAGUUAUGACAUGGCUUUUUGUUUAUUGUCACUGUUUGUGUCUUACUUUGGAGAAAGAGGGCACAAACCACGAUGGCUUGCUUUCUCAGCAUUUAUGCUAGGACUGGGCUCCCUUGUAUUUUCCUUACCACACUUCAGCAGUGGAAAAUACCAGUAUGGAGGUAAAAUUGAAGACACAUGUCGAACUGCAGAAACCACUUUUGCUAAUGCCACUUGCAGUGCCAGCAAAAACUCUUCACUUCGCAAGUAUCUGUAUGUCUUUAUCCUUGGACAGCUGCUGCUGGGAAUUGGAGGAACUCCUCUAUAUACUUUAGGGACAACUUUUAUUGAUGACAGUGUCCCAAAACACAAGUCUUCCCUUUAUAUAGGAGUUGGCUUUGCCAUGUCUCUGCUGGGUCCUGCUAUUGGCUAUGUCUUAGGAGGGCAGCUGCUUCAAGUUUAUAUUGAUAUCCAGAUCCCAAAAAGUACAAAGGUGGAUCAAGAUGACCCACGUUGGCUUGGAGCAUGGUGGAUAGGAUUUCUUGUGUGCUUUUUUGCAAUUUGGCUUCUUAUAAUACCCUUCUCAUGCUUUCCGAAGCACCUACCAGGAACUGCAAAAAUUCAGGCUGAAAAAAUCUCAGAAACUCAUGAUGAUGGAGGUCAGGUACUGGUACAGACCAAGAAUAUUGGACAAAGUUUUAAAGACUUUCCUAUGGCUCUCCUGAUACUCCUGAGGAAUCCAGUGCUUAUGAGUCUAAUAAUAGCCAGUUCCUCAGAAGCUUUAGUUGCCACUGGAUUUGCCACAUUUCUACCGAAGUUUAUAGAAAAUCAGUUUGGAAAGUCGUCGAGUUCUUCAGCAACUCUUGGAGGACUUGUACUAAUUCCAGGAGCAGCGCUAGGCCAAGUCAUAAGUGGUGUCUUGGUUUCCAAAUGCAAAAUGGAUUGCAAAAGCAUAAUCAGAUUCAUGAUAAUCACCUGUUCAGUGGCCUUAAUAUUAAACACAGUGUUUUUAUUUGCUAAAUGUGGGAACGAACCUUUUGCAGGUGUCUCUGAAACAUAUAAGGGAACAGGCACUCUAUAUAACUUAACAGCACCAUGCAAUGCUAACUGCAGGUGUUUACGCUCCGUAUACUACCCAGUUUGUGGCAGUGAUGAAGUCCAGUACUUUUCUCCCUGUUUUGCGGGAUGUGCCUCAUAUGUUUUUAACAACAUGAAAAAGACAUACCACAACUGUUCCUGUAUUGGGAAACCAAAAAGAGGAAGUGGUUCAGAAGACUUUCUCUAUGAAGCUGUCCCUGGGAAAUGUCCAACACAAUGCAAAUUUUUACCUUUAUUCCUGGCCAUCUUCUUUUUUGCUGUUGUUUUUACAUUUAUGGCUACUACUCCAACAACUGUGGCCAUUCUCAGGUGUGUGCCAGAUACACAGCGCUCAUUUGCUCUUGGAGUACAGUUAGUGGUUCUGCGGCUACUGGGUACUAUUCCUGGACCAAUUUUGUUUGGUGUUGCUAUAGACAAGAGUUGUACUCUGUGGGAUAUUAAUGAAUGUGAAACUAAAGGAGUUUGCUGGGUAUAUGACAAUGAAAGAAUGGCUUAUUUGCUGAUGAGCAUAAGUGCUGCUUGCAAAAUCGUCACAAUCGUCUUUGUGGUCAUGGCAGUGUAUUUCUACAAGCCUCCACCACUAACUAAAGUCCUGUCACAAAAGACUUCAGAAAAGAUAUCUGUUAUGCACACAUAA